CUCGACCCCUCCCCGGGCCGGCACCACCCGCCCAUCCCGUUCGCUGCUGGUUUCGUUUUCGUUUCCUCGCCCCGGGGGCUGGAGCGUCCCCGGGUGGGGCCGCCCGGCGCCGGCAGCCGCGGCGCGGCCAUGGCGUUCGCCACCCAAGCGCUGCGGGUGCUGUGCGCCAGCGGCGGCUGCCUGGAGCAGAGCGAGCUCCGGCAGCGGAUUCCGGGCCGGCCCACGGAGGAGCAGCUGGCGCUGGUGCUGCGGGACGCGCAGCGCUUCACGCUGGUGCGGCGGCCCGGCGAGGCGGCGGCGGCAGGGGGGGUGGUGGUGGUGGUGGCCACCAGCCCCGUACGGCUGUGCCAGGAGUACGGCGCGGGCUGCGAGGGGCAGUGCGGGCGGCUGCACCUCUGCAAGUUCCACCUGAAGGGGCUGUGCCGCAACCAGCAGGCGAGGAAGGAAUGCAAGUUUGUUCACAACUUCCACUCAGACCACAAUCUCUAUGUUCUAAAACAAAAUGGACUUGAGAAGUUAAACAGCGAUGAGCUUCGCCAGCUUCUGCUUCAAAAUGACCCUUCCCUCUUACCAGAGGUCUGCUUGUAUUAUAACAAAGGUGAUGGACCUUAUGGAUCUUGUACCUACAAAAAGAUGUGUACCAAACUGCAUGUUUGCCAGUACUUUUUGCGGGGACAGUGCAGAUUUGGCAGCAGCUGCAAGCGAUCCCAUGACUUACUGAAGUCAGAAUGUUAUGAGAAACUGGAGAGACAGGGAAUAAGCUCAAACAUUAUUGAGAAACUACCCUCCAUUUAUAGGAAUAUGUAUGACAUUAAAAAUGGCAACAGGAGUGUGUAUGACAUAGAAGAUGUCCAGUCUUCACCAUGCAAAGAGAGAAAACACAGUUCUAGCCGAGAGUCCUUGACUACAAAUGAUGACGAAUUGGCACAGAUAUGUUUAUAUCAUCUGUACAGAAAUUGUGGCUUUAAAGAUAAGUGUAUCAGAACUCAUUUUCAUUUGCCAUACAGAUGGCAGAUCUCUGAUGGUAAUACCUGGAAGGACUUGAAGAAUAUGGAAGAAAUAGAAAAAGCAUAUUGUGACCCUAGUAACACCAGAUUUAAUAAUGGUGUUACUGAAAGUGGCUCUGUCUUGUCAUGUAUCUGUUUUCUGAAUAUGUGCUCUGGGUUUGAAAAGGUUAGACGACUUUCUACAGCUUCGUCUGUGACCAAACCCCCUCACUUCAUUCUUACAACAGAAUGGAUCUGGUACUGGAAAGAUGAAUAUGGCCUGUGGCAGGAGUAUGGAAAAAAGGAUAAUAAUCACAUAGCUGCCACUAUCUCCAGUGAUGACCUGGAGAAAGCUUAUAUAGCCAAAAGUUCUCCAAAGCUGAACUUCAAAGCUGGAAAACAUGAAUAUGAACUCAAUUUUGGAGCCAUGAUUCAGAAAAACCUUCGCUACACAACAGAGAGAGCGAUUUGCAGAAGACCUAAAUUUGUCUCUCAGACAGAGGUGGAAAAGACAAGAGCCAGGGGCUUUAAAAAUACAGAACAGUUUAAGGGCAUUCCAGCUCACUGGGACAAAUCUGCGCUGCCUGAACUGGGAUUCAAGCUGAUUGAGCUUGACAGUUCUUCUGAAGAAUACAAGAAAGUCAAGGUGGACUUUCAACGCACAAUGCCCAAAACAGUUAUUAAAAGGAUUUGUAGAGUUCAGAACCCAUCUCUCUGGGAACUGUAUCAAUGGCAAAAGGAACAAAUGCAGAAGAGCAAUGGCGGAAAGGAUGUGGAUGAGCGAUUUUUGUUUCAUGGGACCAGUAAAAAAUACAUUGAUGCCAUCUGUCAUCAAAACUUUGACUGGAGGAUCUGUGGCCUUCAUGGGACAGUCUACGGCAAAGGAAGCUAUUUUGCAAGGGAUGCAUCUUAUUCUGACAACUACUGCUUGGAAGACUCACACUGCAAGACCAUGUUUCUGGCACGGGUGCUGGUGGGGGAGUUCACGCUUGGUAGUUCAUCUUAUGUUCGGCCUCCCUUGAAGGACAACCAGAACUUCUAUGACAGUUGUGUGAAUAGCUCUUCAAACCCUUCUAUCUUUGUCAUCUUUGAGAAGCAGCAGAUUUAUCCAGAGUAUCUCAUAGAAUACAUUGACCAGGCAUUGGCAAGAAUGCUAUAGCAGCAGAACUUGUCAUCAUUAUGUUUAGCUGGUACAAACAUUUUUUAGUAGUGGCUUCAGAGGAAAAAAAAAGUGAUUUUUAGAAGUUGUGUAAUUGGGUAGGUGAGUGUCCAGAAACAUUUAUUCUCUAUCCUUUCUGUGCAAUAGAAAACAAGGGGUAAAAAUACAUGAAGGAUGUCUUAGAAUUCUUAAAAUCCUGUGUCUGUCUCCUGUUCUCUAGCAGGUAUCAUGUUUCCCUGCAUUACUAGGGACUUUUAUGCAUUUAUUAGAUGGUUGUAACAUAAGGAUUGGCUAUGACUGACAAGUUUAAUCAAUAUUUAGUUACAAUUGUUUCAGGAUAGGUCUUUACAUGUGCUCAUUGGUCAGAGGCUGUAUCCUUCUACCUGUUUAUCUUUUAACUCAAAAUUUUAUAAAACCUGCUUUUAAAAAUAAUGUGUCCUGUAACAGUAGACAUUCAAGUGUUUGCAAAUGAGACUGUACCAUGUUUGUCUCUGUGUGCAACUCGCUGCAUAAAUUCUUAGCAGCACUGGUUUUUGUCCCUACUUGACCUUCACAAACAAAGCCUCCAAAAUUAAACUUGUUUGUUGAAAAGGAACAGAGACUUAUUUUUACCUGUUAAUUUUCUCAUCCAAAACAAGUACCAAAGACAUGAAGCAUAGCAAGGGUUGCUUGGUGCUGUGCUACUCUGUUAACUUACUCUGUCAGAUAAAUGCUGUAUUUUAGGUCUGUGAGACCACAAGUUUUUUAUGACUUUCACUGUGCCUACAAAUGAGAGAGUGCUGGCAGGUGCCGGUGGGGAAGAAGAGGAGGCAACUCACUCUGUCAUUUAAGAAUAUCAUACUUAGGAGUGAAAUACACUGCUUGCACUGCUGUGUUAGCAAUACCUUCUUUUUGUGGAGCCACUUUAUGGAUCUCUUACAGCUGUUGGGAAGGACAGUGAGUGACUGACUUCCCUUGGGUGUACUGCCCCUUUGAUUGCAGGAGAUAUGCUGGUUACCUGUGUAAUCAAGGUGUCUUUGGACUUUCUUGCAGGAAAAAUGUGCUUACCUGGGAGUGCACUGUCUUCAGCCACUGAGCUGAAGAUUUAAAAAUCUGAAGAUUAAGUUGAAUAUUUCAGUUGUUCCCAGCUGUGAUUGUUUUGGCUGGGACAGAGUUAAUUUUCUCCAUACUAGCUAGUAUGGGGCUAUGUUUUGGAUUUGUGCUGAACACAGUGUUGAUAACACACGAAUGUUUUCAUUACCUCUGAGCAGGGCUUGCACAGAGUCAAGGCCUUUUCUGCCUCUCACCGCACCAGCGAGCAGGCCUGGGGGUGCACAAGAAGCUGGGAGGGGACACAGCUGGGACAGCUGACCCCAACUGGCCAAAGGGAUAUUCCGUACCAUAUGUCAUCAUGCUCAGCAUGUAAAGCUGGGGGAAGAAGGAGGAAGGGUAAGACAUUUGGAGUGAUGGCGUUUUGAUGGAGCCCUGCUUUCCUGGAGAUGGCUGAACACCUGCCUGCCCAUGGGAAGGAGUGAAUUAAUUCCUUGUUUUGCUUUGCUUGUGCGCACGGCUUUUGCUCUACCUAUUAAACUGUCUUUGUCUAAACCCACAAGUUUUCUCACUUUUACUCUUCUGAUUCUCUCCCCCAUCCCACUGGGGGAGAGCAAGCAAGCAGAUGUGUGGGUCUUAGUUGCUGGCUGGGGUUAUACCACACCAGCAAAAGAUGUUAUUAAUGUUGAGUAGUCAGCAUAAUUGUAUGCAGAUGACAAAACGCUUGAACUGUCAAGUAUUUCUUAAGAGAGUAAAGUUGCUGAUGCAUAGGCAGAUACUUUAUCACAGUUUUAAUGCUCCUAAAUGAGUACUAGUUAUAGUGUACUGCAAAAGCCUUAAGAUAUACAUUGUAUAGGACCAAAACCAGCUCAUCUCUACCUGUAUUCUAGAAGCACUUCUUUUUAAUUCAGUUGGGUGAUGACUGACAGGUGUACACUGGAUAACUAUUACUUCAGCACUGUGAACCAGAAGCUUAGCCAUGAUUAGCUAGAGUAAGGCUGUGCAGAACUCCUUUUUAUAUGAGCUGUAAAACUAGCAGCACGAUAUCUGAAGAAAAAUACUCCUAUUUGUAUUUAAACACAGUAAAACACAGGAUGUGGAAAAGCAAGUUGGCUGUAUUCUUUCUUUUGAAAGAUUUGUAAUAGAACAUACACAAUAAAUCCUAUGUCAGCAAA